AUGAUCGUGAAAGAUGAUAAUGCAACUGUUGCGGCUGUUUUGAAGACCAAGGGACGCAUCAAAUGCUCUCAACCUGGGUGUACAAAAUCCUUUAGCAAUAAAGCAGGAUAUGAUUAUCAUGUGAAAAGAUGUGGGGUGAAUCCUGAAGAUAUCCAGAAAUACUACUGCCCUCACUGUCCAGAUAAGGUUUAUACAAGUAAAGCUGGUUUGGAUAUUCAUCGGAGAACAAUUCAUGAAACACCUGAACCUAUUCUAGACCAAGGACAGGAUCUCGGAAGACAUCGUCAACGCAAAGCUGCUCAGAAAGCUUUGGCUCAGGUGAAGCUUUUGAAGGAUGCAAUAUGUGAUGUUCCAGGUAUCAUAAAAAAGGAUAGUCAAAAAAAACGCAAGCGGGAGUUGGAUCGAGAUGACUUUUUGCCAGAAGAUGGUGAGUCUGAAGAUGAUGAUGAUGAGGAUGAUGACUGUGAUGAAAUCAAUCGCUCAUCACUCAGAUGGGACAUCAAGCGAAAUGCAAAGUUACAUAAGAUGUCAUAUUACCACCACUGUGAAAGAUUAUGUUUGAUGCAGGAAAUACUAUUCCCUGGUCUUAGGAGCAAGGUAUCUACAUGGCCUAAAAUUCUAGAAAGACCUGAUGACAUGACUUCUGAGAGCCUUGGAAAAGUAAUUCAAGAUGGCACUAAGAAAGGUGUAGAAAGUUUGUCAUCAUUGCCAUUAUAUAGUGCAACUGAGAUCAAACAUGACACCAAAAAUGGUGUAAAAGAGUUGAGUGAAGGGCAUGAUUUAAGAUCAUUGGGUAAACUAUUCUAG